ACACCUUAAGAGUUCACGAACAAUCCAAUGUCCGAAACCACCGACAAGCAAGAAAUCGUUACUGGAAGAUGCCACUGCCAAGCGGUCACAUACAGCUUUGCUUUUACCUGUCCAUUAACAGCACUGUACACUCAUGAGGCCUUUAUCAGACGUCAGACUGGAUUCCCUAUCAAUCUCUACAUUCCCAUGAACGCAGACUUGAACUUCCAGUUUCUACCCGACUCACCAACUCUGCAAUCCUUCAAAUCUGGCGAUAACACAGCGUUCUUCUGUAAGAGCUGCGGGACUACACUCUCUUUCACGAAUGGAAGCGGCAAAUUACCUUGCAUAUUGGCGCCGACUAUUGAACUGCUCCCAGGGAAACAAUUAAGCGACUAUUUACACCCCCGAGCACACAUAUAUUUGAGCGAGGCCGGAAGGGGAAUUGGAGGACUUGCGGGCAUCAUUGAGGAUGGGUUGCCUCAUUAUAUGGGAAACACAGGAAAAGCUCCCACCUGUGAGUCUCUGAUGGUGGCGGAGCAGCCGGUGGUGGGUCAGUCGCCGGGGAUGAACGAGAAUUACCAGAGUGGUCCGGACGUUCUAGACGGCCACUGUUGUUGUGGGGCACUUCGCUUCUCUAUUGCAAGACCCCCAGAGGACUAUGAGAAUGACCCUAUUCUAAAGCGCUGGAUAAAGCCGUAGGUGGCAUUACCCAAUACAAAUAGCGCAGCUAACAUCUAUUACCUCCUCUUAGUGGUAGGAAGUUCGCAGCCUCCUUUUGCUUCUGCACUUCCUGCAGAGCCGUUUCCGGAGCUCCGCUCUUCGGUUGGUGCUUUACUCCAACAAAGCUGCUCGACAUAUCUCCACUAAGCAUACCGAGUCUAGCGGUUUACAAAUCUAGUGACAAAAGCACACGCCGGUUUUGCGCUUCAUGUGGCGCUACAGCAUUCUUUGCCUUAGACUCCCUAAAUAAUGAGAUGUGGGACAUUGCCAUUGGGUUACUACCCCUGGGGGAGCUAGAGAGCGGGGACUGGUGUAUUUGGAAAUACGAUGGAGGGGAUCAGUUCGUUGAUAGCUACAUUCACGGAUGGAAGGACGGCACCCUAAGUUAUGAGUGUGAUGGAGAGAACUAUUUCAAGGGCCUAGUUGAGCAGGUCAGAUCUAGUCGGAGCAAUUCUGGGCUUGUAAACUAAGGGAAAUCAGGGCCGCUAGGGGG